AUGGCAUCUAUUAUGGAAAAGAUCAAGGAGACUGUUGUUCCCUCUAACAAUGAGGGCUACAACACCAACCCUAGCUCUCACGAUCAUGAGCCCCCCAGCUACAGCGAGUCCUCCCACUCCAACAACAAUAACUCUGGCAUCUACAACUCUGUGACAGAGAACAACGCCCAGCGAGAAUUCAGUUCAAACAACUCUGCGCCUCUCGAUACCAGCACUCAGAACGAGGGUGUCCGAACGGGUGAUCGAAUCAACUCGUUGGUAGAAAACGUCCCAGGAGUGUCCUCUUCCUCUACCCAAAACAAGUCUACAUUCGAUACACCUUCAUACCAAAACAACACGCAUCACGAUACUUCCUCCGACACCCCCAUUGACGCAGCUCGUGCGCCUCCUUCUGUUUUUAAGGAGCAUCUCGGUGAACCUACAAUUGAGCACGACUACCCCCAUGAAAGUUCGACAAAGAGACAUGCUUCUGUCAGUCACCAGGAGGAGCACUAUAACCUUAACUAG